AUGGCUUCCGGCGCGGUGCUCCGGAACGCCGGCUCCCGCCGCCUCUUCUCCUACCCCACCCUCCGCGCCGCCGCGAUCUCGGGACCCGCCGCGCUACCCGAUGCUCCCGCGGCUGCGGCGGCGGCGGCGGUGACGCCGGCUCAGCCGCCACCGCUGACCGGGACCCUCUGGGCGAGGUCCGUGGCCACCUUCACGCGCACGAAGCCCCAAUUGAGCGUCGGCACCAUUGGGCACGUCGAUCACGGCAAAACCACUCUGACUGCUGCUAUUACCAAGGGGAUAUCAACUACAAGGAAUCUGCUUGCAGAUGAUGCUAUGGUGCCUAUUUCUUCUCCUUUGACUCCUCCACUUGGUGACGGCGAAGAAACUGACAAAAAGGGGGCUGUGGUAAAACGCCUAAAGGUCCAAGCCAUAAAAAAGGAUAUCAAACAGAGUCCCAAGAAGGUGAAUCUGGUAGCAAAGCUGGUUCGAGGUAUGCGGGUGGAAGAUGCCUUAUUGCAGCUGCAAGUGACUGUUAAAAGGGCUGCCAAAACUGUUUACCAGGUGAUCCAUUCUGCUCGUGCCAAUGCAGCUCACAACCAUGGAUUGGAUCCUGAUAAGCUCAUUGUUGAGGAGGCCUUUGUGGGAAAGGGACUUUACCUGAAGAGACUGUCUUACCAUGCAAAAGGGAGGUGCGGUAUCAUGGUGCGACCAAGGUGCAGACUGACAGUGGUGGUUAGAGAAGCUACAGCUGAGGAAGAGGCAAAGAUUGCCAGACUCAGGGUGAGCAACUAUAAGAAGCUGACCAGAAAGGAGCGGCAGCUGAUGCCGCACAGGCUCAUCGAGGUUAGCCCGAGGUGGGCUCGCAAGAGGAAAGAGGAGGCUGGUGCUACGGCCUAG